AUGCUUACGGUCACCUUCCUGGUCACCAAUCUACACUGUCCGUCAUGUGCGUCUCUGGUCCAAGAUGUUCUCGGUGCGGAGUUCCCAGGACUACGUGGGCCGGUCGAGGUAUCCCUGAUACGCCAGACGAUUCGAUGCUCGUUUGACGAGGCUGUGUCUGGUGUGGCUCAGAUCGCUACUGCACUGACCGACUCAGCCUUCGAGGUUCGGCACAUCACGGUUGAAGAUGCGAAUGGUCAACGCAUCGCUGAGGAGGAUUAUGCUCCGCCACCGCACCAUCAUACAGCAACAUGGUCUCGCAUGGAGCGCCGAACCCAGCGGGCUCAUAUCGACAAUUAUCCGUUCACGACUAUACAGCUCAUCAUCACUAGCUCGCCUGUACCCGGCGAUGUCGAGAAAGGGCCCAUAAACCAGGUCGCGGAUGCUGAAGCAGAGGAGGUCAAAGUCGUCGACGAUGGCAGCGAAGAACGUGAUUGUCUGGUUACGAUCGCGAUUGAGGGCAUGACAUGUUCUUCUUGUUUGGCAACUAUCACGCGUGGACUUGAGAACUUGCCCAUUGUGAGCAAGAUCUCCAUAGAUCUUGUUAGCAAUAGCGGUACUUUCACGAUCAAAGGCAAGAGCAAAGUUCAAGAGCUGAUCGAUGGGAUUGAAGACCUCGGAUAUGGAGCUGAAGUUGUGUCUACUGUGGAGGACAAGCCGAUGGCCAACGAUGUCGGAUCUACACCAGAAGCAACGCGAAACCGGGAGCGUCAACCGGAAAGGACUGUCGAGCUAGAGAUCGGCGGUAUGCAUUGCAACAACUGUCCAGAUCGGAUCGUGGAUGCGAUGAGCAGACUUGUAUCCGAGCCAGGAGGUCGCGAGGAUAGCAUAAAGAUCCUACAACGACCUACAAUCCGGAAUCCUAUCAUGCAAGUUGCGUAUCUGCCAGAUGGCGCUAUCAGUAUACGAAGCAUCAUUCGCGCUGUGGCCGAUGUCGAUCCAGCUUUCACUGUCGCUAUCUAUUCUCAACCGACCUUGGAGGAGCGCUCGCGACGUCUACAGCAGGCCGAGAAGCGGUCGAUCAUGUAUCGUCUGCUUUUCGCUGGCGUGAUCGCCAUUCCGACUUUUGUCAUCGGCGUGGUCUAUAUGUCGCUGGUCCCCAAACACAAUGGUACCCGGAUGUGGUUUGAAGAACCGAUAUGGGGUGGAAAUGUGACACGUAUCGAGUGGGCACUGUUCAUCAUCACGACUCCAGUGAUGUUCUUCGGUGCUGAUCUCUUCCAUCGCCGCGCUGCCAAGGAGAUCUGGGUUAUCUGGAAGCCCGGCAGCAAAUUCCCCUACCUCAAACGGCUGUACAGAUUUGGCAGUAUGAAUCUUUUGAUCAGUGCCGCUACCAUGGUCGCCUACGUGUCAUCGUUCGGAGUCUUGGUCGCCAAUGCUGUCCAAUCUCCAGCUCAUCAUGACACGAUGUCCAACACAUACUUUGACGCUGUUACAUUCCUGACUUUCUUCAUUCUUAUCGGUCGAUACCUCGAGGCGUACUCAAAAGCCAAGACAGGCGACGCUGUCACGAUGCUGGGUCAGCUCAAGCCUAGAGAAGCCAUCCUCGUCGAUGUUGAGGGGUCGUCUCAGGAUAGAGUACCGGUGGAUCAACUCGAACUGGGCGACCUUGUCAUGGUGCAGCGUGGACACUCACCACCAGCCGACGGGCUGAUAUUUGUUGAGGGAACAUUCUCAUUCGACGAAAGCUCGUUGACAGGCGAAUCAAGACCGGUGACGAAGCGCAAACAAGAUAUUGUGUAUGCUGGGACCAUGAACAUCGGCGACCCUGUAACCAUCAAAGUUAGCGAAGUGGGUGGCACAUCGAUGCUUGAUCAUAUUAUCUCCGUCGUACGAAGCGGACAGGCGAAGCGCGCACCUAUCGAGCGAGUCGCCGAUGUGAUUACUGGCUACUUCGUUCCCGUCAUCACUCUUCUUGCCAUCACAACAUGGAUCACCUGGCUCUCACUAGGUCUCAGCGGCAGCUUACCAGCUCCGUGGCUGGAUGGAAAGCAAGGUGGCUGGGCAUUCUGGUCCCUUGAGUUCGCGAUUGCUGUCUUUGUCAUCGCCUGCCCAUGCGGCAUUGGCUUAGCAGCGCCGACCGCGUUAUUUGUUGGUGGAGGCAUGGCUGCGAGAAGCGGCACCUUGACGCAGGGUGAGAUGAAUGUCGUUGACUGCGAUGACUACUCCGAUUGGUCUUCUCUCGUUGAUGCUGAAACGGCACUCGCGAUUGCUAAGGCAUUGGAAGCUACCUCAACGCAUCCCAUAGCUCAAGCUGUCGUCAAGCAUGUUGAGACUCUAACCUCGAAGGUAAGCUUGAGUGAGAUCAACGAAGUACCAGGCGAAGGCAUGAAGGCAAAGGUCACUAUACAAGACGAGAGUGGAACCCGGGUCUUCGAUGCAGCCAUUGGCAGCGAGGAUCUCACCGACAAGUUGAGCGAACAUGACGCUGAGUUCGAGAGCAAGUACGCUGGGACGGAGCAGUCUGACCGGGAUCACACCCUCAUCAACACAUCAUUAUACUUUAUGCGCAAAUCGAUCCAGAACCACCAGCUGCAAGGCCACUCCAUUGCUAUUUUGUCAAUACGUCCACCAGAAACAGUCACCAAUCGCUACUACGCAGUCACUCUGUUUGCAAUCGCAGAUCCCCUACGACCGGAAGCGCCAGCUGUAAUUGAAGGAUUGCGGUCUCGAGGCAUAUCGGUGCACAUGUGUACAGGCGACAAUCCCAUCACUGCACUUGCCAUAGCUACACAACUAUCUCUUCCAAUCACGCACGUGCGACCGUCUGCACUUCCGCAGGACAAAGCAGCAUAUAUCCAGGCACUCCAGCAAUCAGAAUACCAGAUGAGCUGGAACGCGGAGCACUACAACACAGAGAUUCAAGUAGCCAUCGCCGCCGCAAUGGCCAAGAAUCCAUACAUAGCACCAGCACCACAAAGUCAAGAUGCUGCACCAAAGGUCCCGAAGCGCCGCAUCAUCGCUUUUGUGGGCGACGGUCUCAACGACGCGCCCGCCCUCUCAGCCGCCGAUGUCUCCAUCUCCCUCUCGUCGGGCUCCGACAUCGCAAUCAACGCCUCGUCCUUCAUCCUCCUCCGCGCUGACCUCUCCCUAAUCCCCACACUGCUCAACCUCUCCCGCCGGGUCUUCCGACGGGGUGAAGCUCAAUUUCGCAUGGGCACUGGUGUACAACGUCACCCUUAUCCCUGUUGCCGCGGGCGUGUUCUUCCCGCUCGGAGCGACGAGCACGCAGGAGGGCUGGAGGCUGAGUCCGGUGUGGGCGAGUCUGGCAAUGGCGUGUAG